AUGGAGAAUAAUAAUUCUAUUGAAAUAGCAGAGAAUGUCAGUAUAGCUGCGUAUUCUGAAGAUGAUGAACGAAUUGGCCGCUAUGAUGGGGAUGAAGAAGACGACGAAGAAAACAAGUUCGAUGAAGAAGCCCAAGGAAACACUGAAAAAAAACUAUCAGUCAAAGAAGUAUUAAUGCUAUCAUUCAGUUCAUUGGGGGCAAUUUAUGGUGAUUUAGGUACUUCUCCCUUGUAUGUUUUAAAUUCAAUUAAGUAUCCCAAUGAAAUUCCAACAAAAGAUGAUAUUUAUGGAGGUAUUUCUUUAAUUUUUUAUAUUUUUGUCUUCAUUGUCCUCAUUAAAUAUGCUUUAAUCGUAUUAGUAAUUGGUCCUAAUAACGGUGAAGGUGGUCAAGUGGCAAUUUAUGCUAAAAUCGCUAGACAUUUAAAUAUUGGUCCAAAGGGAGUAGAAAUUCCUGGGGCCCCAGUUAAAAAUGACUUGGAAUUAUUGGCAAGAGAAGAAACUAACCUGAGUUUUAUUUCCCAUAACUCAUUAAUUAAAAAAACAAAUGAAUGGAAAAAUCAUCCUAAGGUUAUCAAAGCAGUUUCAACCAUUAUUUUGAUUUGUUGUUUCUUGGGUUGUUCUUUGGUCUUUUCUGAUGGUUUGUUGACCCCAACCACCUCUAUUUUAAGUGCCAUCGCGGGUAUCCAACUUGCUGAUCCUUCAUUUAAUGCAGUUUUGGGUGUCUCUGAAGUAGUUAUCAUUUUCCUUUUCGUGAUUCAGCAGUUCGGUUCCCAUAAAAUUUCAUUUGUUUUUGCCCCAAUCAUUCUUGUGUGGUUGGCAGGUUUAGUGAUUUGUGGAAUUUAUAAUAUAGUUAAGUAUGAUUCAGGAGUCUUUAAAGCCUUGUCCCCCUACUACGCUAUUAAGCUUUUGAAAGCUUCUGGGAUUGAUGCCCUUAGUGGUGCUAUGUUGUCCAUUACUGGUACUGAAGCAAUGUUUGCUGAUUUGGGGCACUUCGGUAGAUUACCAACUCAAAUUGGUAUCUUUUUCGUUUUCAUUUGUUUAAUGCUAUGCUAUUUGGGUCAAGGUGCUUAUAUUGUUGAACACCCUAAACAAUUCACAAAUCCAUUUUAUUUAUCAAUUCCAGGUGGUCCAAAUAGUUGGAGUUAUUGGAUAAUGUUUGUACUUGCAACAAUUAGUACUAUUAUCGCAAGUCAAGCUUUAAUUUUAGGUGUAUUCAGUAUUGUUUCUCAAUUGAUCAACUUGGAUUGUUUCCCUAAAUUUAAAGUUAAACAUGUUUCUUCUAGUUACGCUGGUAAAGUCUAUAUUCCUGUUGUUAACUUUUUAUUACUUAUCGGUGUAUGUUGUACAGCAGCAGGUUUUAAAAAUUCAAAUAACGUUACUGCAGCAUAUGGUUUAGGUAUUAAUUUGGAUUUUUUAGUAACUUCAACUUUAAUCUUGAUUUGCAUGGUUUAUGUUUAUGAAUUUAAUUUCAUUUUUCCAUUAGUGUUUGCUUUGAUUUUCUUACCGUUGGAAUUUGCCCUUGUUAUUUCUAAUUUAAAAAAGGUUCCCCAUGGUGCUUGGUUCCCAUUGAUGAUGGCGGGAUUAAGUUUCACCUUCUUGACUCUUUGGAGAUAUGGUAGAUCAAAAGUUGUUGAAGAACAAAUGACCUCUAGAGUUAAACUUGGUGAUUUAUUCCCUUCAUUCAAAAGGAAAGCCCCAGAAGAAGCAACUUUCGAAUUAAGAGGAAGAGCAAUGGUUAAAAAAGAUUCCGAUGAACGAGACUGUGGCACUGACAAUGAAAGUCAUGAUUCUGAAUUUGGUAUUACCCUUCCAAAAAUAUUGAAGAGUGAUCCAACAUCCUUAGAAUUAAGUACUAGAUUUGGUAAUUCUACAUUGAAAAAGUUCAAUGGUGUUGGUUUGAUUUAUGUUGAUUCACCUCAUCAAAUUUUAGCAUCUCCAAAUACAGUUCCAAAAAUAUAUGAAAGAAUUGUUCUGAAUUUCCAGUCGCUUCCUUCAAUCAUGAUUUUCGUUACUACUAGAACUUUAUCAAUUCCUAGUGUUCCAAAUGAAGACCGUGUUUUGAUAGGGAACAUGAAAGUUCCUGGCCAUUAUAAAUGUGUGGUUAGAUUCGGAUUCAUGGAAGAAAUUCAUAUAGAUAACUCUUUGAAUGAUCAUAUUUUGAAUAUCAUACCCGAAAUGACUGGGUUGAAAGUCCUGAUUGGUCUUAACAAUGAAGUUCCAGUUGUUCAUAUUUUUGAAAAUAAUGACGUUAGAUCCCAUGAGUAUAAUUCCAGCGGCAAAAAAACCAAGAAUCCUUUCGUUAUUAUCCAUCAUUACAUGAGAAGGUUCUAUAUUAACAGCAUAUUUGGGCCAUUAGACUCAUUAUUUAGAGUCAGUGAUAAAAUCUUACCAGUUCAAAACGAAGAGGAUGAAACCGCUAGCAAAUUAUUUAUAGGUGGUGUUAUUAGGAUUUAG